GGUAAACAUUGCACAGUACGAUUGGCCGUGUCCUGAGGCGGGUCCUUUGGUUUUCAAGUUUCAGUUUUUCGUCGGUAUCGAGCGGCAAGAAGUGAUAAACGAACGCGACAUGUUUUAAAAAAGACACGUGCAUUCGUUUUUACUCGUUCCUUCGAUCUUUGCUAGUUAUUUUGUUGAUUUGUGCUGAUUAUCUAAAGGAUGACGAGACGCAGUGUGGGAUAUCGCGACUGUGGAAUGAUCUAACAGGAACUACACAGAUACAUUCGUCGUCAGUGAACAAUGGUGGGUAACUAUAAAACAGAACCGCUUCUAAAUACAAUCGCGAUGUCGGACAGUAGCGACAAGUCAGUGAAUUCGGUGAAAAGUCUCGUUUGUAGUCCAGAUUUAACAGUGUUCUCGCCGUCGACGUGCGGUUCUGAAACACCGUCGGCAAACGUGGAAGAGAAACCGUACCAAUGUCUGAUCUGUCAGAAGAGCUUCGAUCAGAAAACCAUGUACCAGAGCCAUCUACGCUCGCACGGUAAGGAAGGGGAGGAUCCGUACCGGUGCAACAUUUGCGGGAAAACUUUCGCGGUUCCCGCGCGACUAACGAGACAUUAUCGUACGCACACUGGCGAAAAACCGUACCAGUGCGAGUACUGCAAAAAGUCGUUUUCCGUGAAGGAGAACCUGAGCGUGCAUCGUCGGAUCCAUACAAAGGAACGGCCGUACAAAUGCGAUGUGUGCGAACGGGCGUUCGAACAUAGCGGUAAAUUGCACCGACACAUGAGAAUUCAUACCGGGGAACGACCGCACAAAUGCACCGUCUGCUCGAAAACGUUCAUCCAGAGCGGUCAGUUGGUGAUUCAUACGCGCACCCACACCGGGGAAAAACCGUAUGUCUGCAAAUCCUGCGGCAAAGGAUUCACUUGUUCGAAGCAACUCAAGGUCCACACGCGAACGCACACCGGGGAGAAACCGUACACCUGCGACAUCUGCGGCAAAUCGUUCGGCUACAAUCACGUGCUGAAGCUCCAUCAGGUUGCCCACUAUGGCGAAAAGGUUUAUAAGUGUACACUGUGUCAUGAAACAUUUGGUUCGAAAAAAACGAUGGAGAUGCACAUCAAAACCCAUUCGGAUUCCUCUGUCGCUGGAUCUCCUCGGGAUUCGCCAAUCGAGCCGGAGAUUGAGAUCUCGCAAGCGAACAGUGUAAGCACUGCCAGUGAUAAGGAGAAUCAAAAGACUGAUGAGCAAAGCGAUGACACUGCUACUUACAACACUCCACGGGACUUUCCAUACUAUGUGUAUUCCAGAGAGCAGUAUUCGCAACCGCUCGUGGUGUCCGGCGAAGGCAGAGUCUUCGAGACGAUGCCGACAGUCCCUGUUGAACAAUACCAUACGUUUCUGUACCCCGAAGUUUCUCCGACGUACAAUAGUUUUGGUAUCCAGACCAACGAUUUUGCCGGAGAUUGUUCCUCGCUUCUGAAUUUACCGGGAAACGACGCGCGCAGAAGAGUCGAGGCUGCGUUGGAAGCAGUAGAGGAAGAAAGGCAGAGGGAAUACGGAAUCAAAGUCGAUAGGGAACCAAUCCUAACUCCACCGAGCAGUAACCCUGUGAGUCCUGUACCUUCGCCAGACCCCCUAGAUCUGGCUAUUCCUGUGCGAGAAACAUUAAUCCUUCCACCACGAAAGCGGUGCAAGAUGAUUUUAGAGUCAAUGGAAAGUGAAAGAAGCGGCCUCAUCGCAUCGCAAAGACAGAACUCUGUUAUUCAGUUUGCUAAGGCAUCAUAGUGGAAGAGACCAGUGGUGAACUGGUAUUAAUUUUGUUUACGGUGAGACAUAAUCCGAGUCUUCUGACAAGAACAUCGGGAGCUAAAUACGUACAGAAGCAGCGAUGGGUAAAAAUGAUCAAACAGCUACUGAAAGUUGUUCGGAAUUAAAGAAAUUUUGAACGUACUAUCGUUAACAAAUUUUAAGUCUUGAAAUAGUAGAAGAAUUGAAAUGUUUCCAAAGUAUUAUACACUUGCAUUAUUUUCAAAUAAUGCAAAACUUGUAGAAGAGAGAAUUCAAUGCCCGUCGCUGACAGAAAAAGACUAGAGAAUUUUGUGCUGUAAAAAGAACGCGACUAUGUUACCGGGGAAUUUCAUUGCGAAGUUUUAUGAUCUGAGACAGUUUCCAUUAUCAUGUCGAAUGAUUUUUGCUACUGUCAGAUUUCAGGUUUUCUUCAAACUUUCGAAAUGGACUGUAAAGAAUAUGAGAUGUCCAUUGUGGGUUUAACAAAGUAUAAUUAGAUCAAGUUUUCUCUUUUUAUCGAUACUAAUUCUAAAGGGACGUGUAACUGUGACUUUGGAUCGCGUACCAAGUUUUAGUAACAGGUCUGAAAGUGCAUUUACAGAUUUUGCACUACAAAUUCAACUUUUUGCAAAUCAAAUUCAUUUUUAAUGCUACUUUAUGUAUUAUUAACACCUUGACUGCCACGUCACGCAUACAUGGAUGAUAGGACUUUUCGCUAUGAAAUUAAUAAAAUUAAUUCUCAAAUUGAAAUGUUAAAGGAAAUAAAUUUGAAUGGGAUUCAUAAAUUUUAUUCCGUAGUUUACAAUUAUCUGAAGUCAAAGUUUUGGUCUGGCAGUCAACGUUUUAAAGUAUAUAAUAUACAUAUAAAAGUCGCAUCUCGGUCAAACGAUGAAGUUAAAGAUAAUUUAAGUAAUUGGAUUGACAAUUUUUAUGAUUUUACACGCUUGAAAGUUUGAAUAAUGCUGGAAAUCACGCUUAAAUAUUUCCCUCGUAAGCCUUAAACCAUUAGAGGAACGUCCAAUAAUUUUACUACAUCAAAGAAUAAUUUGUAAAAUUACUGUUCGUAAAAUAUAGAGUCGCAGUUUCGAGAAUUGUUUAAACAUCGCGACGCAAUUCGAGCUCGCCCUCAUGUAUUGUUCAACGCUUGAAAACAACCAGCGAUCGUACAAAAAUUGUGGGUUGGAAAUGGCAUAAAAUGGUAAUUUUAUCGCGUAGAGUUAAUUCGGAAAUUGAGAAAUCGACUUAACGGUGUUGGAAAAGAACUCCAAUUUAGGCUUCGCGAAAAUAGAAAUUGACAAAUCCAAGGAUAUUUUUUUUUCAGAAUAAGAAAUAAUUUCAUUUUGCUUCUAAGAGUAUCCUUGGACUUGCGUUUUGAAAGAUAUUGUUUGCUUUGCUUUCUUCGAUAUUUAGCCGGCGUGUUCUGCGUCAAUCUUGUUUUUUUCACGUUACGUGUACGUCAGUUAUGUGUGUAUAUGCGUGCAUGUGUGUAUAUAUGGUUAACUGCAACGGACUACUGUAAAAAUUAACGAAAAUUGCUAAAUUAUUGUUAUCGAAAUGCUUGGAACGAACAUGGUCGAGACCAUAAACAUAUGUUAACCAACAGUUUGUUGCUUCCUUCAGUAAACGUACAAUUUUUUUUUUUUUAAAUAUUACUUUAUAUAGACAAAAAAAUAUCUACAUAAUUUGUUUUACAAGGUUCUUUGUGAAAUAUCUUAAAACAGAAAAUAGCGAGUCCGAACAAAUUAUCUUGAGUUAAUUGCUAGAUUUUAUAUCAUUCCAGAGUUUCUUGAAAUUUGUUCGGAAACCUAUGCGAAGAAAUUUAAAACAAACGUGUCGAUUUUUCUGGAGCCUAUACCGCCAUAUUCUUUCCCAUUUCGGGAAUGAAAUUUCGACGUCGUGCGUGUUUUGUGUAUCGUAGCGUUUUUAAAUCUUAUCCAAUGUUCAUGUAAUGAUCCAAAUUUCUUGCCAAAAUUACAAAGACUGACUAUCGGUCUGAAAAACAUUUUGUUCUUGCGUGACAAAUUUUUAAGGACGCGCUGCCAUCCUACGAUAAAAGUGAUAUUAAAAUACGCAAUCAUUCUAUUUCGUCGUCGUUAGACUGGUACGAUUGUUGAAACAAAAUAUGUUGACUAAAUACUAAAAAUAGUUCAUAUGUAACUUAAUUACAAUUAGAGCAUUCGACCUUGUAAUCGUUCAUACGUUUGAUUCUUCCAAAUUACCUUUGCCUUUUGGUUUCUGUCGAAUUUCUUAAUUCUUUGAAAAUCGAAUCGCGUUGAUUAAUUUGUAUCGGAAAUCUAACCCGACGGAAUUCGAAUUUAUUUGCGAUAUCGAAAUCGUCGACAGUCGACAGAAUUGAGAAAAUUAUAUUCGCGAAUAACGAAUAAAAAUUUCAAAGUGAACAGCACACUGACUUUGUUUUGCGUUUCGUUAUUCGCAAAUAAAAUUUGCUCGUCGUUGAUAGCUCAUUGUCAUUUGCGUUAAGGCCCCUUUGAUAACAUAAUUGUUCAACGAUUGUCGCUCGCUACUUUCGUAAAACUUGGCUGGUCUCGAAAUGAGAAUCUAUGGUUAAAUCCUGUACGUUUCGCUAAACUUUCGAGAUUCAAUACCAUGAUAAUGAUAAUAGCAACAUGUUAGUUUCAAGUACAAAAACGUUGAGUCGAGUUCGUGAUUAAAAAAAAAAAAAAUCUUCGAAAUGCAUAAAAAAUACUGUUACAUAUAUGCAACUGCCGACGAGUAGUAUUUGCUACUUUAGGAAGGUUCGGUUUAGUGAAACAGAUCUUACUGGAACAAACAACUGCAGUCUUCGCUGUAAUAGUGAAAUCGAUGGGGAAGAAAGUACCAAACAAUUGAUAUCUCUGUGAUAAGAACUCCAUAAUGCCAGAGUAUUGAGGGGAGCUAUGCCCACUGCCAGUACAAGUGUGUGUAUGUGUGUGUGUGCGCGCGCGGGUAUGCAUGCAAAUUUAAUAUUAAAUAUUAAAUCGUAUUAUCGCGAUUAAUCAUUCAUAGCCAUCUGUAUUUACAUUUGGCUUUACUUCAGUACGACAUAAAGUUUUAUAAAUUGAGGAUUAAUUUAGUGAAGGAUUCGGUAAAGUGCAUCGAUUAAUAAUUUGAUGUACGUUAACACGAUAUUACCUUACAAAAUUCAAUGUAGAAAGUUGCCAUAUUUAACGUAGCUCUUAAAAAAAUCCUGCUUAUCGCAGUAAACCCUCUCAAUAGCGAACGACAUUAUUUUUAGCUCUUCGCUAACUUUUAUUUUAAACGAAUUCAUAUGAUACGUUAUGUAUGAAAAUAUUUUUGAAGGAUCAACAAAUAUAAGCCAUUAUCGAAGCUUAUUGGCCUAACACUGGUUGAUUGAAAUACACAUUGUUGCUCGGUGCAAGAUAAUGACUUUUCUGGGUGUAUAUUGCUCUUAUCUUGGCACUAUUUAAAUUUUUCAUUAUAAAGAUAGUGUUUUGCUUGAUUUGUGGACAGAACUAAAUGCAGAAAAGUUCAAAAAACAAACGCCAUCCCAUAGAGACUUAUUAUGAAGAUCUUGCGCUUAAAGUUCUCCGAUUUUAGAAAACCACAAUGCUUAAAAUAUGAUUUUGAAAAAUGCACUUUGUAACCGAAUCUACUAAUGUUUUUAUCUACAGUUUAUAGAACAGCUUGCAUAUACACUGAGCCAUGUUCAUAUUUUAAUAAGUAAUGUAAUAUUUAUAUAGGAGCGUAUGUAUGUAUGUUAUGUUUUCUUUUUUUUCUUUUCUUUAUUACACAUCCAAAUUCGACACGUGGCCUAUUUCUAUUCGUGAGACGUUCACGAAGCUCGAGAUGAUUUUCUCAUUCACGCAAGGAAUAUUGUAAUUCUUGUUGAUCGUGUGAAUUCACGCGCGGCAUAAAAUUUUAUGUGCAAUCGUAACUUAAGUUCUCAGAACGCUUGGCCCCAUCUCUAACAGCAAAUAUUUGCUUUUGAUUGAUCGAAUGCUCGGCUAUUUAUUAUAAAUUCCCAACGAAUCGUUAACCGUGAAAUUCAUAACGCCUAAGGUUAGCUUAGAAUUAGAAUAUUUUUUCGUUCUUUCUUUUUCUUUUGUUUAAAUUAUUCGAUCGAGAAUUGGCCACGUGGUGUACUAUGUCAAAAAGAAAAUGCGAAUUGUUAAGUAUUACAAUAAUGACGAGAUAAAGAUUGAAACGUGCGGGAAAGGAGUCUAGUGUAAUAUUGUAAUUAUCUGUUAUUACUUAUUAUUUUUAAGAUACACAAAAUGCAUGCUGGAUGGGACGUGUUUUGUCCCAUUGUUGCGGGCGUGUGGAACUGAUUACCCAUGAAAAAGAAACGUUUUUUUUAAAGAUUCGUUGUGUACAAGAUGAUUUCAACGAGAUAAAAAACAAAACAAUCUUGUAUGAGUGCAACCAGAGACGACGAAGAAGAUUUUUCUUUCGUUCUAAAAAAAAAAAACAGAUUCCAUCGGAAACGAUGAAACGAUUAAUGGAACACGAUAAUUCCAAUAAUAAAAAAUAAUGAAAAAAGACUUCUUUGUCCCUCGAGCCGCCUCGCUGCAAUAAACUUGAUUGCCUUUGAUUUUUAUGUCGAAACAUCGUUAUGAGUUGUAUAGUUUUUCUUUCUUUACUUAUUGGCAGAAAUUUUCCAGAAUUAUCGGAAUCAUCUUGAUCAUCGACAGGCACUAACGAUUGUAUUUCCUUGUUUUACUUCGCCAAAGUGCGUACGAAUAAUUUUAAUAGUCAACU